AUGCAUCUUCACCGGCCUACAUUUUCCUUUUCUAUUCCCUCAAUCCAUGACGGGCGUCAACUCGAAUGCCGUGUUUAUUUGCCCCGCCACCUGCAAAAUAUAGAAUCGGCACCUCCCAGGCACAUCCAGGGUGCUAUCUUCGCCCACCCCUACGCACCACUGGGUGGCAGCUACGACGACCCCGUGGUCAGCUUUAUCGGCGGGGAGCUCCACCAUGCAGGCUUUAUCGUGGGAACUUUCAACUUCCGGGGAGCUGGAGGGUCCGAAGGAACGACUAGCUGGACCGCCAAACCCGAGCUGGGAGAUUAUACUUCAUUUUAUGGGUUCAUGCUAUACUACCUGAAUGCUUUGGAAUCUGCCCAGGGCUCUAGCGCAGAAGGCGACCGAGAUAUCGAUCUCAUACUCGGCGGAUACUCCUAUGGGUCUAUGAUUGCCUCCAAUGUCCCAACCCUUGAUGUCAUGAUUGAUCUAUUUCGACCUGGCCCUGGAACCGGCUGUGUAUUUGACCGGAUUUUCAGAGAGGCAAGGAAGAUCGCUGCAGCAACAAUACCAGGUUCUGUAGCAACAAGGCUAGAGGACCGUGAUGACGAGGGACUCCGCGCGUCAACCUUGAUCUCUUAUCUCCUUGUGUCACCACUACUACCCCCAGUAAGUUCUUUUUUGACGGCGUUUACCACUCUCUCGGUAGAUGUGGGGGGCCGGUCAGCUCAGGCCCGACCCGCUCGUCCAGCCGACCAGCUGAGUGUUCAUCGGACACUGGUGUUAUUUGGGGAUGAUGACACCUUUACAUCCGUGGGGAAAUUGCGGAGAUGGUCAGCCGAGUUCGGCCGCAUGCCGCAUAGUCAGUUCCGAGGGUGUGAGAUUGAGGGUGCGGGGCAUUUUUGGCGAGAGGAUGGAGUGGAGCAAGAGGCGAGGCAGAUAUUGCGGGAAUGGCUCCGUGGUUAUACAAUAUAA